UGCUGCACUGGAGGGCGCAGCACUGCAACUUUUACCUUUCCUUUCCCCCAAAAAACCUCUGACACCUGCUCCUCUGCCAGCCACACGUGCAGGGUGUAGCAGGAAGAGACGCAGGGCGCAUGUGUGCAGCUCCUGAGCUCCUCAAUCCUCCGGAAUUCACACAGGAAGCCCGAUGAGGAUGGACCAAGGAAAGACAUUUAGGAGAAGUGGGAAGUUCUGCUUUGCUGUGUGUGGAUGGAGGGUGGGAGCACUGAUGGCUCUGUGUCUCCUGCAGCAGGCUCCAGGUCACGUUCAGCUUCUCCCUCCUCAAAAUGUGACCCUGCUGUCAAAGGACUUUGCCCUGAUUUUGACCUGGGCUCCAGGGGAAGGCUCUCCCCCAGGUGUGACCUACACUGUGAGGUACGAAAGGAACACCCCUGAUAUCUUGGGAACACCCUUUUUAUCCCAUCCUGCUUUAAAAACAAGGGCACACACACUGUAUCUCAGACUCCAACAGUGUAAGAAUUUGUUCCUCAGUUUCCCAGCUGAACAAAGCGGCCUCAAGCUCUCUGGGGUGUUUUGGAUAAGAAAAAGGUGCCCUUUGCUUCCCUGUUAUCAGGAGAGAAGAGCUGGAAGUGAGGAGCAGCCAUGGGAAGUGUCAGUGCUGGGGAGGGACGAGCCAAGCUCAGUUCUCACAUCUUCUCACUCCAUUUUAGUGGAAUUGGCUCCCCCCGUGCUGACCCUGAAUGUCAGCAAGAAUUCCCUCCACGUCAGUGCCUCCUUCCCUCUGCCCAAGUGCGUGGAGAACCUCACUUGGAAAUACGACUUGAACCUCUGGGAAGCAGGAGCUGAAGACAAGAAGAAAUACGAAGGUUGCUUCAGGAAGGACACGGUGACCAUCAACACCACUGCUCUCAGAGGCAAUUACUGCUUCAGUGCCAGGGCUGUCUAUGAAAGCAUCAGCUUGAAGUACAGCGAAUUCUCCCAGCCUGUGUGUGUGCAAUUAAACCACAAAGCAGUGGAAUGGAAGUUCCCACUUCUGGUCAUGAUCCUUCUGCUUGUCCUUAUCUUCGUGGUCAGUCCCUUCAUCUGCUGCCUGGUGAAACACGAGGCCAAGGAAAGGAAGAUGCCUCUGGUUUUGGAUUUCUCUCAGUUUAAAGCAGCUGGACCAGCCUUGCACUUGGAGCUGAGUGAAAAGGAACUCUGCAGUGAUGAUCUGAACUGCACAGAGAGGCCAGUGCCUCAAAGGAGGACAAACAGAGCUUUAGGAGAGCAUCACCUGCCAUGGGUGGCUUCUUUUCCAUCAUCAUCAUCAUCAUCAGAGGAAGAGGAGGAAGAAGACAGCAGCCCUUUGAUCUCAUACCAUGAAAUGCCUCGGUAUCCAAAGAGACAUCUCAGGUGCCAGCCUCCCACAGCAGCUCCGGGGGAAAGCAGCUUGGAUUCGGGAUCUGCAGGGCUCUCUGUGGACACCAGAUCUGUGCUUGAGCUCAGAGCCCUGGGAUUCACUCUCUUUGCAGAGAGGAAGGCUGAGCUGGACACCUCGGGGUCCCAGGAGAACGAGGAGACGUCUCUUUACCUGUGCUCCUCUUUGGGAAGGAUAUCCCUCACUGAUGUGAGAUUCCCAGCUGGCAGUGAGGAUGGGCAGGGUGAUGGAAACGGGGAUGAGAGGAUGGGAAUGACCCCCCUCCACCCCCUGCUGGGGGGGACCCCUGCUGAACCCCACGAGCUGAACCCUCACAAGAAGGCUCCUCAUUUCUCCAGGGAUUACCAGAAAUCCCUGGUGGAUCUGCAGCUCCAGGAGGACCCCACAUCCCAGCCCAGGGAGGAUCCCAGCAGCCAGCUGCUCAUCCCCCUGUGGACACUGCAGCUGGCAGAGGAUGAAGGCAUUGCAAGCGACUGUGGCAGUGACAAUUUUACAGAAGAGACACUGCCCGACUCCACCCUGCUCAGUGAGGCUUUUGAGGCUUCAAACACAGAGGAAAAAUACCAUCCAAAGUUUCAAUUCCCAGGCUACAAGCACUCACAUUACUUGGGAAGGAUCUAAAAUGCCCAGCAGGUCUGGGGAGUGCCUGGAAAACGCUGGAGAGUUCCAGAUAUCAAAGAAUCCUUGGACAAAGACAAAAUGAUGGCUGGCUUAUCCAGGCAAUGGCUUUAGGGACACAAAAAGUGCAUUUUAUUGCUAAGUCACCUCUGUCCUGUGACUGUCCUUCUGAGAAGGUGCCAGCCAGGGGUGAGGGAGGCAAAAUCACAACCCAGCCCUGGGUGGAACCAUCAGCUGGAGCCUGAAAAUGCAGUGCUGUGCCUGCACGUGGAUUUGGAGCAGAUUUUGAACUGCUUUGUGUCACCUUUAUUCCCUGGAAGUUCCUUACAGAGAUAUUCAGCAAGAUCUGGGUUUUGUGGGAUGCAAAGUUCUCCACCUCAUCCUGCAGAAAUCGCCUUCUGUGUUCCAACAGAGGGAAACUGGAGCCAAAGUGUGCAGCAAGCUUGUUUAUUUAUUUUUUAUUUUAUACUUACUGAAGCUGAAAUUCUUCCUGCUGUGCAGAAUGUCUGAGAGCAAUAAUAUUUUGAUAGAAA